GUUUGGAUGGUUGUAUGAGUGAUCGCCAUGUCAAGUCAGCCAACAACGGCCACCCUUCUCAUCUGAUGUUGAGCAUGGGAUUGGCUUCUCCGUGCUAAGUUUGAAGGAGGCGGCAGCGGCGAGGGGCAUUGACUGCUUGGAAGACAAGGGGGGAGGGGGGCGAUGUCCGGGGCGCUCAUGACGAAGAUGCCCCGCUAAAAGCCGUAGAGAAAGUAGGAUAUUAUCCGCAACGGUUCCCAACACUCCCUUGGGCAUUCUUUCCAUUGAACUCUUUUCUGACACAUACCAACCUGCGACAAAUUCCCUCUCCGUCUUCGUUUUUGCUCCUUUCAUUGCAGCAAACAACUCAGGCGUAACUCGUUUUUUUUUUCUAUAUCGAUACCCCCUCAAAUCCUAAUAUCAUCAAAAUGUCCAACUCUCUUGAGCAGCUCAAGGCCACUGGCACCGUUGUUGUCAGUGACUCUGUAUUACCCUCGAUUGCGUCCUCCUCGAACGACGACAACUACCCCUCCGCCUUGCUUUUGGAUACAAUACUCACAUCUCUUCCAGCCAUUGCCAAGUACAAGCCCCAGGAUGCCACCACCAACCCCUCCCUGAUUCUCGCCGCCACCAAAAAGGCCGAGUAUGCCGCUCUCCUCGACGCUGCUGUCGAGAAGGCCAAGGCCGAGGGUGGUUCCGUUGACAGACAAGUCGACUCUGCUCUCGACCACCUCCUCGUCGAGUUCGGCCGCAAGAUUCUUGAGAUUGUCCCCGGCAAGGUCUCCACUGAGGUCGAUGCCGCUUUCUCUUUCGACACCAAGAAGUCCGUUGACAAGGCUCUCCACCUCAUCCAGCUCUACGAGAAGGCCGGUGUCUCCAAGGACCGCGUCCUGAUCAAGAUCGCCUCCACCUGGGAGGGUAUCAAGGCCGCCGAGAUCCUCCAGCGCGACCACGGCAUCAACACCAACCUUACCCUCAUGUUCUCUCUGGUCCAGGCUAUCGCCGCGGCCGAGGCUGGCGCUUUCCUGAUCUCCCCCUUCGUCGGCCGUAUCCUCGACUGGUUCAAGGCUGCCCACAAGAAGGAGUACAAGAAGGAGGAGGACCCCGGUGUCGCCAGCGUCAAGAGCAUCUUCAACUACUACAAGAAGUUUGGAUACAAGACGAUCGUCAUGGGUGCCUCUUUCCGCAACACCGGUGAGAUCACCGAGCUGGCUGGCUGCGACUACCUUACCAUUUCUCCCAACCUCCUCGAGGAGCUCAUGAACUCCUCCGAGGCCGUCCCCCAGAAGCUCAACGCCGAGGGUGCUUCCGCUCUCGAUAUUGAGAAGAAGACCUACAUCAACGACGAGCCCACCUUCCGCUUCGACUUCAACGAGGACCAGAUGGCUGUUGAGAAGCUCCGUGAGGGUAUCAGCAAGUUCGCUGCUGAUGCUGUUACGCUGAAGGAUAUCAUCAAGGCCAAGGUUCAGGCUUAGAUGGUUGAAGAGAGAAAAGGGUAAUGAUUAAAAAAUGAAUAAAUACACUCGGGUUUCAAGCACAAUUGCAGGUUAAAAAACUGGGAUGGAAUGACUUCUUUGAUGAGCAAUGGGCUGUUAGUUCAGUAAUUGAUUAAUGGCUUUUGAGGCAAUUUUGAUGUUUGUGUGUGGUGGUCGAGGCGGCGUGAGAGGUAAGAUUAGUGUGGUGGUGGCUGAUGACAUAUAAAUGCGUUUUGAGGUCGAUGAUCUUGAUAGUCUAAUAAGAACCUUUCGGUAUUAACAUCUCAUACAUAUAUGUAUCAUGCUGAAGACAGACUAUGGCGACAUCGUGGAACAUCACAGAAUACGAU